UCGGCAGGCUGGGACCCGAGCUCGCGGCUUCCGGGAGGCGGCCGAGGCCGGAUAAAUACAUCCCGGGCUCCCGGGGAGCAGCGGACGCUACCCGCACCGCCGCCUGCGCCGCCUGCACAGCGGUCCGCAGAGCACCGAGCCGCCCGGCUUAGGCGCGGAGCCCGCUCCUCCCCCUGCGGCCGGCGCGGAGCAGCGGAGAGCGGCGGGCUCGGCCGCCGGCGCCCGGGCCGCGGAGCCGAUGAGCGGCGGCGGCUGAGGGCCCGGGCCGGCCUCUGCCCGCCCUCUGCCCGGCGCCCGAGCGGGGCCGCAGCGCCCGGGGCGCAGGGUCCGGGCCGGUGACAUGGGGGCGGACUGAAGCACCCGGGGCGGCCGAGCGCUCUCUCUCGAGCCGCGGGCCCUCCUCCGCGGCGGCGGCGGCUGGGGGCGCCCGGCCCGGCGCGCUCUGCCCGGAGCGCCCGCGGGAGCCUCCGCCGCGCUUCUAUGCGCCUUUGCGGGCGCCGUGGGCCCGGGCCAUGGCGAUAGACCGGCGGCGCGAGGCGGCGGGUGGCGGGCCCGGGCGGCAGCCGCCCCCGGCCGAGGAGAACGGCUCCCUGCCGCCCGGAGACGCGGCGGCCUCGGCGCCCCUCGGGGGACGCGCGGGCCCCAGCGGCGGUGGCGGGGAGAUCCAGCCGCUGCCCGCCCCGCAUCCCGCCGCCGGCGGCCAGCACCCGGGCUGCAGCUCGGCGGCGGCGGCGGCCCCGAGCCUCCUGUUGCUGGACUACGACGGGUCGGUGCUGCCCUUCCUCGGGGGCCUGGGCGGGGGCUACCAGAAGACCCUCGUGCUGCUCACCUGGAUCCCGGCGCUGUUCAUCGGCUUUAGCCAGUUCUCGGACUCUUUCCUCUUGGACCAGCCGAACUUCUGGUGCCGCGGAGCCGGCAAAGGCGCGGAGCUGGCGGGGGUCACCGCCACGGGCCGGUGGGACUCCGGCGACGUGGCCAACUGGACCAGCCCCCCGACCACCCCCUUCUCCACUGCCUCCUGGGGGGCCGCAGGCAACCUUAGCAACAGCAGCGGCGCGGACGGGGGCGACACGCCACCCCUGCCGUCCCCUCCGGACAAGGGGGACAACGCCUCCAACUGCGACUGCCACGCGUGGGACUACGGCAUCCGCACAGGCCUCGUCCAAAACGUGGUCAGCAAGUGGGAUCUUGUGUGUGAUAAUGCCUGGAAGGUCCAUAUCGCUAAGUUCUCCUUACUGGUUGGAUUAAUCUUUGGCUACCUAAUAACUGGAUGCAUUGCUGACUGGGUUGGCCGGCGGCCUGUGCUGCUUUUUUCCAUCAUCUUCAUUCUGAUCUUCGGACUAACUGUGGCACUGUCAGUGAAUGUGACAAUGUUCAGCACACUCAGGUUCUUUGAAGGAUUCUGCCUGGCUGGGAUAAUUCUUACCUUGUAUGCAUUACGAAUAGAGCUGUGCCCCCCUGGAAAACGGUUCAUGAUCACGAUGGUGGCGAGCUUCGUGGCCAUGGCGGGGCAGUUCCUCAUGCCCGGGCUGGCCGCCCUGUGCCGGGACUGGCAGGUCCUGCAGGCCCUCAUCAUCUGCCCCUUCCUCCUCAUGCUGCUCUAUUGGUCGAUAUUCCCCGAGUCCCUCCGGUGGCUGAUGGCUACCCAGCAGUUUGAGUCUGCAAAGAAGCUGAUCUUGCACUUCACACAGAAGAACUGCAUGAACCCUGAGAGUGACAUCAAAGGUGUGAUGCCCGAGCUGGAGAAGGAGCUCUCCCGGAGGCCCAAGAAGGUCUGCAUCGUGAAAGUGGUGGGAACCCGGAACCUGUGGAAGAACAUCGUGGUCCUGUGUGUGAACUCGCUGACGGGGUACGGGAUCCACCACUGCUUUGCAAGGAGCAUGAUGGGCCACGAGGUGAAGGUGCCGCUCCUCGAGAACUUCUAUGCCGACUACUACACCGUGGCCAGCAUCGCCCUGGCGUCCUGCCUGGCUAUGUGCGUGGUGGUCAGGUUCCUGGGGCGCAGGGGAGGGCUGCUGCUCUUCAUGAUCCUCACCGCCCUGGCCUCGCUCCUGCAGCUUGGGCUGCUCAACUUGAUUGGGAAAUACAGCCAGCAUCCAGACUCAGAGUUGCAGCUGAAGUUGGCCGUAGGUAUGAGUGAUAGUGUCAAGGACAAAUUCUCCAUCACGUUUUCCAUCGUGGGCAUGUUCGCCUCCCACGCGGUGGGAAGCCUCAGCGUGUUCUUCUGUGCAGAGAUCACCCCCACAGUAAUCAGGUGUGGCGGGCUGGGGCUGGUGCUGGCCAGCGCGGGCUUCGGCAUGCUGACGGCGCCCAUCAUCGAUCUGCACAACCAGAAAGGCUACUUCCUGCACCACAUCAUUUUUGCCUGCUGCACGCUCAUCUGCAUCAUCUGCAUCCUCCUGCUGCCUGAGAGCAGGAACCAGAGCCUGCCCGAGAACAUCUCCAAUGGGGAGCACUACACACGGCAGCCGCUCCUGCCGCACAAGAAGGGGGAGCAGCCCCUCCUGCUCACCAACGCCGAGCUCAAGGACUACUCUGGCCUCCACGACGCAGCCACCGCGGGGGAUGGGCUGCCGGAGAAUGCCACGGCCAACGGCAUGAAGUCCAUGUAGCUCUCAGCAUGGCCUUCCCUGAAGGGGGGCGCUGUGGGCUCCAAGGGUUUGGGGCUGUUUGGGCACAGGUUUACAGACCAGGGACCGAACACGUGGCUGGGGGCAGGGAAACCCAAUUCUGCUGCUGAUGCCACAGAUGGUAAGACUGUCAACUGGUGUGGGGAAACUCUGUCUUUCCAAGACUCUAAGGACCGUGUUUGAAGAAGCAGACUCUUUGGAAAUAACCCUUUGGACUUUCUUUUCUGCCAUGAAAUGUUUGUAUUUAUUUUGGUCAUUUUUACAAGAAGCACUUUAUUCCCUUUUCCUCUGAUCUCGAAACGGAACCACCUCCUUCGGAAGAGGGACACGGCCACCAAGGAGGACGCUGUAGGCAACCAGCACAGCGGUCCUGGAGGUUACACGCCAUCCUUGCCCAGCACCCCACAGAGGAGCCAGGGGUCGCUCCCUCUGGGCCCGCUCCCCCCAAGGCCGCCUGCCUGUGUGCAGACUGACUGGUCGUGGAGCAUCUCCAUGACCACAUUGUAGACAGAGUGAAAUGUAAAUGAUUAGGUUUUUGCUAGAGAGUCUGUGUAUGGUUUUUAAAGGGUUUUUGUGUGUGUGUGUUUGUGAGGUAAGAGCUUCUGUUCCAUGUGUUGGGGGAAAGCAGCUCCCAGAUGUCAUUAAAACCAGCUUAGUCUUCCUUCAGGAUCAUCCUUUCGUACUUGACGCUGGAAGGUGUCUGGGGAAAAGUCUGGACAUUUCACCAGAAAUCCUAAACAAUGAGUGGUACUACGGCCACAGUUCGCUGACGCAGGCUUGCCUGGCCGAGCUCACGACGAGCAACGGUGUGGAGACGUGAGACAUGUUAACAUGAUCAGGAAUCCUUCCCGGGUUUGGCUCCAGCAGGAAAGCACCCCAUUCACACUCAGCUUCUUGGCCAGCGCAACUUGAAAACAGGCUACUCUCUGAACUGAAAACCACUAGGGACAUAACGGAAACAGACGCCUGAGGCAAACCCACAGGAGCGAGGGGUGCUCUCCCAGACACAGCCCGUCACCCACAUCUCGAGCACACACCACCGCGUAGAGAUCACCAGCCCGGACGACUGUCAGCUCUCACUGACCUCACGCUGAGAGACUGCGAAGCCUGUGGGAGCCGCUGCCCCCUCCAGCCUGCCUUUGCCUGCUUCCUGCUUCCUGUCACUUCCGUCAGCACAGAGGGGGGCUUAGGGCGAGGAGUGGGAAUCUCACAGGUGAGUCCACCUGACCUCCAGCCUCUUUAAAGCAUCAAGACCAGUGGAGAGAAAGCAAUAACUCACCAAAGUUCAACACCCAUCCCCGAUAGCCAAGGGUUUUCAUUGUGUUCCUCAUUUUUGUCCCAGUGAAGGCUUCUUCCUGCCUUUCCAGGUCAGGCUUUCUCCGCCUGUCUGGGGGUACUUCAGAGGAACCUUGGAGGGCCUCCUCAAGGACACCCAGGGGGCCACUAAGAAACAACACUGGCGCAGGCAGGCACUGCCUUGUAGCAACACAGGCACCCGAUUUUUUGGACAGCCUGGGUUCUUUCUAGAAUUGUCCACCUCUGCACUCUGUGACAUAUGUCUUUGCUGUGAGCUGUGUUCUUCCAGGGAACUUGUGGCCUCGAGUCUGUGAAGCAACUAGGUGACUUCCAGCUGACAGCUGCUAGAACUCAAAAGGGCCAGAAAAGAGAUUGCUAUAACUUCCCCUUCUCCCUUUCCAGCUUUCCACCUGGCCUAUUCUCAGUCCACCCACCUCUCUCCUCCAAAACUGCUAGACCCCAGUAGGAGCCCUCAGAUGUGUUAAAAACAUUGCUGGGGAGGUGAGCAGACUUGCAGGCAUGCGUGAUUCCAGGGAGUCAACUGCACUGUGUCUGACUCAUCACUAGUGCCUGGGGUGUCCAGCCUGCCUGCAAAGGAGGCCACCUGGGAAGCAGGCUGCCUGGGAAGGAAAGCCAUCUGGGAAGGAGGCUGCCUGGGAAGGAGGCCAUCUGGGAAGGAAGGCCACCUGGAUGGAGGCCGCCUGGAAUGGAGGCCGCCUGGGAAGGAGGCCACCUGGGAAGAAGGCUGCCUGGGAAGGAGGCCGCCUGGGAAGGAGGCCACCUGGGAAGGAAGGCCACCUGGGAAGGAAGCCACCUGGGAAGGAGGGCCUCCUGGGAAGGAAGGGCGCCUAGCAGUCUCUCCCCAUUUCUACCUGCUCUGAGCCCAGCUCACCCAGGCCUUCCUUCAUGUCGGUUAAGUAACUUUUGUUCCAUGUUUCAAUGUUAGUCUGCAUUCACCUUAAUUUAAAAAGAACUUUCUUUACAUCUGUGCAGCCUUCACGUGCCAAACUUGUGACAUACCUUUUGCCUUUUUUAGAGUACUUGCUACAAAGCCACCUGGCAGCAAGACCCACUAAGUCCAGGACACAACGUGUGCAGCAGUCAGGCCACAGGGCAGCUGGGGAGGCGGGAAGGAGCCAGUGAGGUUCCUGGGGCUGCUCCUGGCGGGGUACAUGUCUGCAUCCCUCACCCCAGCCCCGGGACACCUUGCAGUGCUGGGACAGCCCCCUUGCUGUCCUGCAGGACUCGAGCGUGUUCUCUCGCUGGUCACGUAGACCUUCUGUAAGAAAUGUACUGAAGCUGUCAUGUGCUGCCAGUAAUCUCUAUCCAGGAAGGCAGAGGCGAGGCACAGCACAAAGUCCUGUUCCUUGGUCUCUGAGCUCCAUCUGACGUGACAACUACAAAAACUAGUCCAGCAGAGACAGCACUGUCGCUUCAGCGAUCGGACUAACUCAUCAUCCACUAGAAGAGAAGCUAGCGUGAGGACUGGGCUCUUGGGACCAAAGUCUGGCAGAUGUGAAGGAGGCUGUCUUGCCAACAAUCAGUGAGGUCUCAGCAAAGAGGUCCCACAGCUCUUCUCUCCCAGCAGCCUCAGGGUCGGGCUGAGCUCCUGUCCUGUUGCUGGUUCAGCUUAGGGAUUUCUGAAGCUCUUGAGGAAUGCCUUUACGAAACGGAGCCAAAGCAGAAAAGCUUCCGUGUGGGCUGAGCACUGGGAAAUCCCGUACCAAGUGAGCAAGGCAGCAGGGGCCCACCGGAGCCUGAUCCAUCUCUGCAUGGGUGGGGGCUGAGGCCACCAGCUCCCUGGCACCUGUCAGUAGUGUUUGGACUCCUCGGUCCUGUUUCCUUCGUCGUUAGUGAGGAAACACUUCUCAGGCACCUGCUAUUCAAGUCCGCCCUCCCCACCACCUCCAACACCCCCACCCCCCACUGCCCAGGGAGACAUCCCAAGGUACGUGCUCCAGCUCUCCUCCUCCUCUGCCACCCACUCGUGCAUCCCGCUAUCCUAUCAGGGAGCUGUGAUCCCCUUUCAAUAAAAGUUAUGCACAAAUGUGAACACUUGAGACAGGGCUGGAUAUUUCAUUUUGUUCUUUUCCAGAAGUCAACAAGAACACCACAUGCACUAAAUAUUAGCACCCAAGACAAAUAGGAAACAGUUUUAAAUGCUUUGUUUUCUAAGAGUAUAAUCACUUUCAACUAGGGAAAAGGGGCUGGUAAGUUGGUUUCGCCACAGAACAGAAAGAGAGCAAAAAUAAACCUCGUAAAGGAAGUAAUUGCACUCAAACAUUACCACUUCCUAGAGCCAAACAAGAAAUGACUGAAGUGCCAUUAAAUGAACCGUGUGACCAUCGCAUCGCCCAGCCCCUAGGUGGCGCGCAGGUGCACGCACAUGCUGGGGGAGCCCACACUUCAACUCUUUUAAAGGACACCUCACUUUAAUGUAUUGUGUGUUUUGGAAAAGCAGUACAGUGUGUUAUGUCUAGUGGGGAAUACUUCCCUCUGUCCUUCCUGCAACCCCAACAUUUGAGGUUUCUCUGUAAGAACCGUGUUACUGUACAUGUCGACCGGGAUUACUCUGGAGGUGCUCACUCAUAGCACAAGCCUAAAUCGGGUUCUGAACUGUCGUUCAAAGCUAAACGUCUGCAUGAUGUCACAUCUGUUGUACCUUUGGGGAAAAUUUGUAUGUAAAUGUACAGAAAUAAAAAUGUUGCCCCAUUAACAAAUUUCCACUGGAAUGUCUUCCCUACCUCAUCUGAUGGUAUCCAAUGAAGGGCAUUUCACAACCAUUGACUACAAAGUAAUAAAAACUCUACCUGUUUAUGCA